UCGCAAUCCCCAGACCGACCACCGAUAUCGCCGCUGACACCUACCACUUCCGCUUCUCAGCUACACAUCCCCGACCCUCCUGUCUCACCCGCGCAUACCCUCCCACCACCACUCACGGCUACCUUCAGGGAACAACCACCUUCGCUCCCUAUAUCUGAGAGCGAGAAUCCAGAUGCCAUAGCUUUGCGCUCGGCCAUAUCUCUCCUUCAAUUACAACGGGAGAAGAGCAAGCGUGACCUCAAGGCCCUCGAAGACCUCAAGUCCGCCGCCGUAUCUGAUCCAACAGCUUUCGUGAAGUCGCUGCAUGAGCAACGUUCGCGUCCUUCCCCAUUCGGCACCGACCCUCUUGGGCCCACCUUAGCCGAUACUGCUGGCCUGGUGUCUGAGGAAAGGACUGGCAAUGGACAGCCGCAGAAGAAUGGCGGGAACCACAAGUCUCAUGCAAAUGUAGAGGCAGAUUCCGAUGGGGAGGAGGGCCAGGCCACACAAUUUCCCGCAAUUCCCACACCCCAGAAUGUCAUCAGAUGUCCGCCCGUGAAUUGGGCAAAGUAUCACGUCGUAGCAGAACCGCUGGACAAGAUGCACGAGGAGCAAAAGCGGUGGCCUGGGUCCGCCGAGCCUCCUCGGACAGGUACAGGCCGACGAGCUCCUCCACAUGCAGUAGCAGCUCCCUAUUCACCU